GUAUCUUGAAGGCAAUGUUAGCGGCGCCUUGUUUACCUGCAAAUGGCGGCAGCGCGUCGGGCGAGAAUCGUUAUUUGUUCCCUUACUAGUUCCCGUGUGUGUGAGAGAGCCCCGCCCGCGCCUUCACGCCCGCACCCCCGCCCACACCCAGUGAGGCAGUGUGACGACCUCCUCUCAUUGGUCAAACAAGGUGCCAGGUUCCUUCCCAUUGGCCGAGACCUGACGUGAGGGCUGCACCAAUCACAACACUGCAUUGCUGGUGUCAAGUCUGGGCAUGUGUGUGGGUUCUUGUGAGUGUGUGUGUGUGUGUGUGUGUUGGCGUGCUCACAUGUGUUCAAGACCAGUGUGUGUUUGGUGUGUGUGUGAGGCAGGAGAGGCAUAAUUGAGUGUGUGUGUACAUGUGUGUGGAAGAGAGACGGAGAGACUCACUGAAAGGAAAGAGAGAAUGAAAGAUUGUUUUUGUAUAUGAGAAAGAGAAAGGUUGACUGACGUGUGUGUGAGAGAGAAAGAGAGAGAGAGGAUAAUCUUCUGUAGGAAGACAAAGAAGCAGAAACCGUGUCCGCAUUGGGUGGAGUGUGGGAGUUGGAGGAGGAGGAGGAGAGCGGAGGCAGUGGAGGCCGGCCAACUCCCGUGGACAGCCCUAAGAGGAGGAGGAGCAAGAGGAGGAGGAUAUGCACCACCACCAUGGACAUCCCUCUUGACCUGAAGUUGUUCAUGAACAACACCACACAGAAGGUGUACAAGUGUGACCAGUGCAAUGCUUCCUACUCCGACAAGUCGUACUUUGACCUGCACAAGCAGACACACCAGAAGGGUGGUGGCGGCGGCAGUGGGGAGAAUGGCGGGGAGGGCGAGGUGGAGGCGGACGAGCUGCCGGCCACGGUGCAGAUCGUGAUGCCGGCCCCGGCCCACCAGCACGACCCGCAGGUCUUGCAGGAGCAGCAGCAGCUCACAGCCUUCAAGCGAGCCUACGGCGGCGAGCUGCACCAGAUCUACGAGAUUGCGCCCUCCACCCGCUACCAGGUAGUGACCUCCGGCACCCCCCAUGUCCUGACGGCAGUCACCCUCGCCUCACUGCCCGUGCAGGUGUCCGGCACCGUGUCUGGCAACGUCACCGGACAGGUCACCUCCCUGCCCUCCUACACCACACCAACCUACGUGCUGACCGAGCAGCCUGCAACACCACAGCAGGCCGUGGGCCCCGCGCCACGCACCACCACACUACACCAGGACGUCACACAGCACCACCAGGACCACCACCAUCACCACCAGGCAACAGUGCAGCAGCAGCAACAACAACAACAACAACAACAACAACAACAACAACAACACCACCAACAUCAGCAGCAACAACAACAACAGCAGGCCACUGUACAGCAGCAGCAGGUCACUGUGCAACAGCAGCAGCAGCAGCAGGUUGCUGUCCAGCAACAGCAUCAACAACAGGCCACAGUCCAGCAGCAGCAACAACAGGUAACUGUGCAGCAGCAGGCCAGUGUGCAGCAGGCCAACAUGCAGCAGCAGGGUGGGCAGCAACAGCAGCAGCAGCAGCAGCGGCUGGUGAUCGCGCUGGACCCGAAGGAGCGUCCGUACAAGUGUGACCAGUGCACAGCGUCGUUCAUUGACCACGGGGAGCUGGUGGAGCACAAGAAGAAGCACAGUGGCGACGGUCCCUUCACCUGCGAGGACUGCCACUUCACCUUCAUGUACAAGAGUCACUUCCGCAGCCACAAGACGCGCUGCCUCAAGAAACGUGCCCUUAUGCCCCACCCCCCCAAGCCCAUCCUCAACCCCGGCCCCAUGAAGCGACAGUUCCCCACUCACCAGACCCCCCAGAAGGCACAGCCCACUGCUCCGCAGCAGCCACCACCCGCCCCACAGCAGCACCACCACACCCCUACCACCACCACCACCACCCGCACCAGCAGCCGUACCGGGGGCCAGCAUACCCGCCAGGCCUCGGGGGCCGGCACGCCUUCCUUCAACCCCAGCAACCCGACCUUCAAGCGUCAGCGCAAGGAGCAGCGCGUUGACCGCCCCUUUGAGUGCCAAGAGUGCGACGCGUCCUUCCAGACAGCACAGGACCUGCAGACCCACAAGGCCAAGCACACCGGCGAGGGGCCCUUCAAGUGUGAAGAGUGUCGCUUUGUCUUCCUGUACCGCAAGCUGUACGAGGCUCACCGUCGCCGCUGCGAGAAGAAACGCAAGGACCUCGGCCUGGCCACCACCACCACCACUCAGGCACAGCCCCAGACCCAGGUUCAGACCCAGGUCCAGGCUGUGCAGCAACAACACCAGCAGCAACAACAGCAGCAGCAGCAGACCACAACGACAGUGACAGCGCCGGCCCAGGUGGUGCAGACAGCGACAGGCCAGCAGGUGCAGAUCCACGGUGGUCGUGCCACACUGGCAGCUGCUCCCACCACAGUGCAGCUGUCCGGCCCCAUCCAGAUCCAUGCCACAGCUGUGCCGGGCCACCCCCAGGCUGCAGUAAUUGACAUGCGGUCCGUGCAGGCGGGGCAGCAGGGCCAGCAUGUGCAGACGCUACAGCAUCCCACGCUGAUAGAACAGGUGAUCCACGUGACGCCAGUGCCCACCACGCUGCCCGGCGGCCGCAACGAGAUCAAGUAUGACAUUGUGCAGAAUCCCGUUGACGUGGCCGACGUCAAUCAGAUCAUGAACCUCAUCAAGGUGAAGGGACACCCGCAGUAGUGCCACCCACCACUGGGUCCACAGGGUGCCAUCCUGCCCCAGGCACCCUUCACUGCCUGGCUUGCCUGGCCUGUGUGGUGGCGUGCCUCGCUGCUUGUGUGUGAGUGCGUCUGGUGCUGGACAGACAGACACACAGACACACAGACAAUGGUGCAGUGUGUAAUGAACGUGUUUACCUCCCAGGGGUCAGCGCCCCGCCCCGGGUGCCUCAGGAGUGCCGGGUCAUGCAGCAAUCACAGCGGUGCCGCAGCUUCGUGCUGUGCCUCGCUGCACCGCGCUCUGGGCGCCGUGUUAGUCUAUUUUUUUUAUUGUUCCAUAAUCUGUAAGCCAAGAUAAUAAGUAAAUAUAACAGUAA